CCGGAUUCUGUGGUCCUUAGAUUGAGUCAGUAGGUUGAGUCAGUCAGGGGGAGUAGAGUAAGUGGUGAGGAGUGGAACCGUUGUUCGGUUGUGCACCAGACACCAUGGUUGACACCCGUAGUGGGAAGAGUACUGCCCCCUACACCCAAGCUCAAGAGGAGCAAGCCGCCGCCAUACUGAGGGAGAGAAGGGAGAAGGAGCUUCUCAAGCAAGCAAAGUUGAAGGUGAUAGCGAAGGAGCAGGUGACGAAGAAGAAGAAGUUGGAGGAAGAGAUGAGGAGAUUAGAGCAGGAGGAGGGAGAGAAGAGGAGGGCUGCUGAAGAAGAAGCAGCAACAGAGGAGGAAGAAGUAGAAUGCGUACCCCUCGACAGGAGACGCAGGGAAGCACGAGGGGAAAGCAGUGGCACGAAGGGAGAGGAUGCGUGGAUGGCGAAAAAGAUUAGCGAGUGGGUAACUAAUUUAUCCCUGGGGGAGGAUGAGGAGGCACUGAUGUACGUGCCUCGGGAGGAGAGAGAAGCAUUCGCUAGGGAGCUGGAAGCGAUGGAGGACCCCCUAGACCGCCAGACAGCAGAAGAUGAAAAGAGAUUGGAGUGGAAGUUGCGGCUGACCAAGGAGAGGAAGAGAAGGAGGGAGGAAGCCAACCGGGUUGCUAGAGAGGUGGAGAAAGUCCGGGCUUGCAGACAAGAGGUGCAGGCACAAGCAGAGACCUCGCGAAGUUAGACAAGAUUCUGGGGUACCUUGAGGUUCUGAGCGAGGCCUGGCUUGAGGAGCAUCGGGCCAACAAGGGUCA